CACAUCCUCAGAUCUACAGCGGACCGAGACGCCGCGCUUUUCCUCCUCAAAAACACCCAGUCGGCGUUUUUUUUUUUGCAAAAAUGAUGUUUCGGUGUUUACCCGUGUUUUUCCUCCUGGCUGUAGUCUGCUGUCAUGCCGAGGAGGCUCAAAGCAAAUCAAAGGUGUGUGCUAAUGUGUUCUGUGGUGCUGGACGAGAGUGUGCCGUGAAUGAGAAAGGAGAGCCCAGCUGUCUGUGCAUUGAGCAAUGCAAGACUCAUAAGCGCUCAGUGUGUGGCAGUAAUGGAAAGACUUACCGGAACCACUGCGAACUACACCGUGACGCCUGCCUUACUGGACUGAAGAUCCAAGUGGCUCAUGAUGGACACUGCAAAGAGAAGAAGAAGGAGAAGGCUGCGGCCAGUCCAGUCGUGUGUUAUGUUGCUGAUCGUAAUGAGCUGCGCAGACGUGUGAUCGAGUGGCUGCAGACAGAGGUUGUUCCUGAUGGCUGGUUCACCAAGGGCUCCAACUUCACCGAUAUCCUCCUCAAGUACUUUAAGAAUUAUGAUAACGGAGACUCUCAGCUGGAUUCUGCAGAGCUGCUCAAGUUCAUCCAGCACAACGAGACAGCCGUUCAGAUGAGCUCCUAUGCUGAAGAGGAAAACAAUCGCCUGCUCAGGAGUCUGUGUGUGGACGCUCUUAUUGAGCUCUCGGAUGAGAACGCAGACUGGAAACUGAGCUUCGAUGAAUUCCUUAACUGCCUGAAACCAGGCUUCAGUCCUCCUGAGAAAAAGUGUGCUCUAGAAGAUGAGACAUAUGAGGACGGUGCAGAGACGCAGGUGGAGUGCAAUCGCUGUGUCUGCGCUUGUGGAAACUGGGUCUGCACCGCCAUGACUUGUGAUGAGAAAACUCCAGUUUUUGACACUGAAGGGGAUCAGGAGAUGACUGAAGAGGAGUGGACCCGCCGUGUGGCUGAACUCAACAAACAUCAGGAAACUGUGGAGAAGAUGAAGUCCAGCACAAAGGAGGUCUAAACCAGGACCGAGACGAGAGGAGGGACAAGAUGUGGACGACUUCCUCUCCUACUGAUCAGGAUUCCUGAGAUUAUGUACUGUUUUUGGAAGAAUCACAGCAUUUUCUUCGAAUAGGUUAUUACUUUUCUUGCUAUCCGUACUGCAUCUAUUCUCUGGUUAAUGUGUUAUGGUGGGUUUAUUUUUUCUUUCAUCAUAUUUUAUUAGCUUUUCAAUAUGUGUUCAAGUGCUGUAAAUUGUUUGAUUGUGUCACUCAAAACGUUGCCGAAGAGGCCUCAGCACUUUGUUACAGAGGCCAUCGUUUUAUUGACUAUUAUUUGAUUUUGUGUAUUACUCUUUAUACCAUUUAUUUGUUUGUCUAUCUGCAGUUAUAUGUGGAAAUAUGUUUUACUUUUUUUUUUUGAUUGAGACAAUGGCAAUAGAAGAUGAAUAGGAAAAAAGAAUAGGACAGGUUCGAGAGUUAUACAGAGAGAGCUGAACACCAUGGGUUCGUCUAUCAAAACAGCUUUGGUCCUUUAGUCAGACUGGUAAAUACUCAUGCUAAUGCAUCUACACAUUAGCAAGAGCUAAAAAUAUGACUUGAACGAAGCUCAGCCAUGGUCGCUCUCUCUUUCAUUCUCGUCAUGAAGGCCGUCAUAGUCUUGAGACCUUUCGUAAAGGUGCUAAUGUUAGUAUUCAUCUGUUUGCUGCUUUGCUCUCUUGCUCUAGAUGGUGGAAAAUGCUCACUAAAAGCUAAAAAGUAUGGAUCCAACCCUGUUUCCAUCUGGUAUUAACACAUGCUUUCAGUAUUUCAGUGGUUGAAUUAGAUGCAUCACCACAGUACUAAAAUCUGCAUGAGCUGGAAGUUGCUGAGACUUAUACAGAGUAUAUACAGGAAUCAGAAAGUGAAAUUCAAUACCUUUUAAGACCUAUUUUAAGGCUCUUUCCAUUCAUUUUAAGACCUUAUAACCACUUUUCAACCUGAAACACUGGCAAGAUUUUAACUUACAGUAUAUUUACUAAAUAUUAAUGUAAAAAACUAAUCCAAAACUAAAACAUUAUUCAUAUACUGAAUAAAAAUCCAGUGAAUCUAGCUAAAUUAACAGGUUGGCACAUACAGAACUACAGAAAUAAUGGUGUUACUGCAAUGAAUAAAGCAGCAUGAUGUCAAAUCUAGCAAAAUUUUAUUGAUUUCAUAAACUACACAGCAUCCUGAUAUUCGCAGAUUUAAUCCAGCCAAACUUUUGGCAUACAACCAUCCAAUGCAUAAUCAAAAAUUAUACUUAAAAAAAAAAAAUUUGACUUUUUAAUACUUUUUAAGGGCCUUAAAUUUCUCUACAUUGAUUUAUCAACUUUUAAUACUUUUUAAGACCCCGCAGACAUCCUGUUUUAUUUCAGUAUGUUGAUGUACUCCCAACUAUAACAGACUAUUGAGUAGGGGUGGGGCUUUCUUUUGUGCUUCAUCCCCUCAUAACAAAUUAAUGGUUAGAGGGGCGUGGUUAGGAGUAUUACUAUGUUUCUGUAUAAGUCAUCAAAGUGAUGUCAACAGAAGGACCACCAUUCCAAAUGUAGAAGAAAAGUCUUUUGUGGCUACUUGAAUACAUUAAACUAGCCACAAAAUUAGUUUACACUACAAAAACAAUCUGAUUGAAUGCAUUUUCACCAACCUCUAGAACUGUGCAUAAGUGCAAAACACUUCUAAUCAUCUUUACACUUCAUAAAUGUGAUCAGUUUGACGAAAAUAGAUCUUAAAGGGUUAGUUCACCCAAAAAUUUUAAUUAUGUUAUUAAUUACUAACCUUCUUGUCGUUCCAAUCCUCUGAGACCUUCGUUCAUCUUGAGAACACAAAUUAAUAUAUUUUAGACAUUUAAAGUCCAGAAAAGAAAACAAAAACAUUGUCAAACCAUUCCAUCUGAAGUAGUGUAACUAUAAUCAUACGAAGCUCCAAGAACACUUUUGUGCACCGAAAAAUCCCUGUAAAUAUGGCUGUUUCAACGUGUCAGGUCAGUUUGCACAUUAACUAUAGGCUGUACAAUGUCUUUCCAUUAGAAUCUGCACCACAACAUGCAAUAAUUGUAUUGCCUGUAAUUCACGAGUUCACAGAUAUUUGACUAAAUAGAAUAUGCGUAUUUGGCAUGCUGUCCAGGGAGAGGGCUUUGAGCUUGGGAAGACACCUUAACUCGUGUUAUUCCCCUUAUCAGGAUAGAGAGAGAAAGGGGCCGAGCACAAUGUCUAGCCCGGCUCUAGAACACUCCCCCCUCAGAUUUAAGUAGGUAUCGGGUUUUAUAGUCUGGAGUUGGGGUGGUGGAGAGAUGCUGAAGUCAAGAGAAAAUGGAGGUAUGACAUGUUUGACUAUUUAUAGGGAUUUGGAUAAUAGAAUGAUUGUCUGUGAUAAAUAAGCCUCGUCAAAGACUCUGACCGUGCUUCUCCCGAAAUUUGUUUAUAAAACUUCACAAAAUGUGCACCCUAUUUUAACCUAGAAGAAUAAAAAUGCACUUGGUGCACAAAAAUGUUCUUGGAGCUUCAUACACUGCAAAAAAAAUGCUUUUCUUACUUUUUUUUUUUUACUUGAUUUUUUGUCUUGUUUCUAGUCCAAAUAUCUAAAAAUUCUUAAAUCAGGAAGCAUUUUUUAAGCAAGCAAAACAUAUUGUCUUGUUUUCAGAAAUAAUAUGCCAAUAUUAAAUGAGUUUUUCCUUAAAACAAGCAAAAUAAUCUGCCAAUGGGGUAAGAAAAAUAAUGUUGUUUUUCCUUUUGACAUAAGAUUAUUUUCCUCACCCAUUGGCAGAUUAUUUUUCUUGUUUUAAGGAAAAACUUACUUAAUUUUGGCAUAUUAUUUCUUAAAACAAGACAAUAUGUUUUGUCUAGAAAAUACCUUGUCUAGAAUAUACCUCAUCUAGAAAAUGCUUCUUGAUUUAAGAAUUUAUCACUGUUGAGUCAUAUGAAUUGUUUUGACAAGGUUUUUAGUUUCUUUCUGGAAUAUGAACAUCCUGGAAUUGUUGCUGUCUUUGGAGAAUGAGAGAACUCUUCUUCUAAAAUAUAUUAUUUGUGCUCAGAAGAUGACCAAAUGUCUCCAGAGAUUAGAAUGCCAUGAAGGUUGAGUAUUUUCAACAGAAUCUCCAUUUUUGGCUGAACAAACCCUUUAAUACUAGGUGAAAACAGGGCAUCUGUGAAAAAAACAGACAAUACCUUUACAUUUUUAUAUCACGUGGCAACAAACCGACCAUGUUAUUACUUGACGAACAUGCUUUUUCAGCCAUAGGCAAUUCCACCAAAAAUUCUUAGAAUAGAUCAGACCUCCGUAGAUUAGACAAGUAGUGCAGCACAAAUGCAUUAGCUUAGCUUGAGCUUGAAUGUAUGUUAGUUGCUAGAGACUCUUCAUGCUAAAACUCUCACACUGCUCUCAGUCCUACUCUGAUGCUGGGUUUGAAUCUAUAAAUAUAAACUAACAAACCAGAAUUAGAAGAAAUGUAACUAUUCGAGAUGGGACUGAGUACAGACGGAGUGAUCUAAAACCAAAGCCUGAUGUUUAGGAUGUUUAAAUUGUUGUACGAAAACCUCCAGGUAUACCACUACUCUGGACCCAGCAACUACUUUAUACCUGUUACGUAAAAUAUCUGUCAGAAUAAGGAUUAGAGUCGCUAUUGCCUCUGUAGUUUAGCUGCAUUCUUACAGAAUUGAGAGAUUUUGUGUACAUGUGCAAAAUGCAUGAGUGUGAGUGUGUUCGCUUGUUUACUUUCCACUAAAUUCCACUAACAGUACGAAUCCUUUGUGGUAAUGAGUGCCUUAUAUACAAACAGUAUGCCAUGGGUGAAGUGGCUUCUUCUGUAGGUAUAAACCAACUAAUAUAGGACACAGUGCACAUGAAUUUUCCAGUAUUAUGGUAGACACCUAGCAAAUGCCUUUUAUAUUAUGUCUAUAUGAUUGUCUUAUUCAGUGGGGCAGAAUUAAAACAUUUUAUGGUUAAAAAAUA